UCCACCGACACUUUGCAUUAAUCUCUUUAUGUAAAGGAAAAAUGCUCCACAAGUAAAUCAGAGGUCAUGUUUCUAAAAAGCAAAGAACAACAAAUCCUCGUCUUUUGCUUUAUUUAUGAAAACACUUCAUCUUCAGGCUGCUGAAUGUUUCAGAAACGCUUUGCUGUUUGUCUUUGCUGCAGGACUGCAGGACGGAGAACUUGGACCCGUUCAAGCAGCAACAUACAGAGAGAUGGAGGGAAAAAACAUCUCAGUUUCAUGUUCAUUUUUCUUAGCUGGGAGUACGAUGUACUUCUGCAAGAAAGACUGUAGCAGAAAAAACAUUCUUGUUGAAACUACAGAGAACAGAGCUCAGAGCGGCAGAUACAGCAUUGAAUUUAAUAAAAGAGGAGCAUCGUAUGUUGUUGUAGUGAGCAUCACUGAGCUGAAAAGGUCUGACUCUGGAUGGUACAGAUGUGCUUUGGGGAUAACUGGGAUUCUACAUGAGGAUUUUGAGAUUGUUGUCAACGAUGCUUCAGAACCAACAAGUCUGAGUUCCUCACCUUCUUCAUCGUCCUCUGAAACCUCCCAGCCUGAUAGAUCAGCUACAACUUCAGCUUCAGAACCAACAAGUCUGAGUUCCUCACCUUCUGCAUCGUCCUCUGAAACCUCCCAGCCUGAUAAAUCAGCUACAACUUCAGGUCUUCAGCUUUAUAUUGCUCUGACUCUGGUCAUCAAGAUCAUCUUACUGUCAAUACCUUUGGUGAUUUUCUGCAGGAAGAGGAGGAUUGCUAAACAAAAGACCAACGAAGAGACCGAGGAAAUCAGAGAAGGACAGAGAGCUUAACGGGCCUCCUGAGGAAGUAUCUUCAGUUUGGUGUGUGCUGUUUGACUGGAGACCACCCACUGUACUAGAAAACCUUUUAUAGAUAAAAUAUUGUAUCGUUAUGUGUGGUGUCUCUCAGGCUUUGAACAUUUGCCGAUAGUUUUAAAAUCUUGCCGUGUGAACCAGG